CUCGUCCCACUACUGAAGCACUUCGACGCAAUCGUCGUAAGCCUCGGCCCAGGCUCCCCGGAUAAUCCCCGCGAUAUUGGCAUCGUCAAAGAUGUCUGGCACAUCUCCCAGGGCCUCUCAACCCCUAUCUUUGGUGUCCGCUCCGUUCUACAGAGUCUCACCAUUGAUCUCGGCGCACAGCCCCAACAUCUCAUUGUAGUCAAACACAGUCAGGUCUGCCGUGUUGAGGACCCAGCCAUCGUCAUUUUCACCGACGUCAGCGACGUCCACGCCGUGCAAUAUCACUCCCUUCACCUUGUCCUCCCCCCACAGUCCGACAUUGUCCCACUCGCUUGGGCGGACAAUGCUCAAGAGAACAGUCAUGUCCUCAUGGCAUGCAAGCAUCGUUCCAAGCCCUUC